GCACGUGUUGUGCAGUGAGUGUCCGACAGGUGGCGGCAGAUCACUGCUGAUGACGUCUGAUAUGUCCGCGCAUGCGCAUAUCGUGACUGAUCCACACGCCGGAAGUCAACACAAACACGGAGGUCAUGUCGGAUCAGUCGAGCAGGGCCGAGGAGGAGAGAGAGAGUGACGGGGAGGAGCUGAGACUCGUCCUGAUUGGUCGAACGGGUUCCGGCAAAAGUGCCUCAGGAAACACCAUCUUAGGAGGCCGUCACUUCCUGUCGGCUCUGAGAGCGGCUUCAGUGACGCACGUGUGCGAGCGGAGCGGGGUGGCGUGUGACGGCCGCAGGUGGAGGAGGGUGACGGUGGUGGACAUGCCGGGAUUCGGUGACACUGGACUGGACACCAGUCACGUUCACUCUGAGAUCGCCAAGUGCAUCGCUCUGACCGCUCCCGGCCCGCACGCGUUCCUGCUCGUCAUCCCUUUGGGUCGCUACACGGAGGCAGAGGACCGGGCCGUGGAGGAGAUGAUCCGUGUGUUCGGCGAGGAGGCUCUUCAUAGUCACACAGUGGUUCUGUUCACACGAGGAGAUGAACUGGAGGACGGAGGAAUGGAACGGUUCCUGAAUGAAUGCGUUCCAGAUCGUCUGACGGUUCUGCUGCAGAGAUGCGGCGGCCGCUAUCACGUCUUCAACAACAGAGAACCGGAGAACAGAACGCAGGUGAGGGAGCUACAGCAGACGGUGGAGAGGAUGCUGGAGGUCACAGGACACAGGUGCUACAGCAGCGAGGUGUUCCUGCAGGCGGAGCAGGCCAUACGAGAUGAGCAGCGCCGGAUGAGUCAGGAGGGGACGGAGCUCUGCAGGCUGCGGCGGGUCAGCAGACGUCAGACCCUGCGCUCCGCUCUGAGCUGCUUCAGAACAGAAGCCGCUCUCUCGGGGAAAGUUCUGGAGCGUGUGAAGGUGCUGGUCGCCGCAGGAGCAACAGGAAUGGCAGUGGGGGCUGUGUUUGGAGCCGCGGCUCCUCUGGCUCUGGCAGCGGGGGCCUCUGUGAUGAGCGGAUCUGUGGCAGCGGGCGGAGCAAUAGUUGCUGUGGCUUCUGGAAAGACAGCAUUGGCUCUGGGAGCAGCCAAAGGUGGGGUGUUGGGGGGUUCGGUGGGUGCGCUGGCCGGGGCGGAGGCUUCGGGACCGCAGGCGGCUGCUUUAGAAGUGCUGCAGCGGGUUGGAGUGAUGGGUGUGUCAGUGGUGGGUGUGGCUGCAGGAGUUGGAGGGGCUGUUGGAGCGGGUGCAGCAAUAGGGGCGGUGCUUGCGGGAGGAGCUGAAUCGGCAGCAGGAGGGGUCGGUGCCACUAUGACUGCACCUGGAGCGCUGGACGCCACUGCACGGAUCCUGACGGCCCUGACUGAGAUGGGACGAGCGGCGGUUGGUGUUGUGCUCGCUGGAGGGCUGUUGGUGAAGGUGGUAAAGGAAAAGAUUCGAUCUGGUCAUGGAAACAGCCACACUGAACGAAACUCCUACGAGGUCUACUGGAAUAAAUAAAAGAACCAGAAUGUGAUGUUUUCUUUUGUGUUCCACUGCAGAAAGACACCAGAGAGAAUACAUGAUGACAGAUGAUUUUUACAGAUUUUGUCGUUUUGUUUGUACAGGUUUGUUUGGUUUUGUGAAAGCUUGCUUGAGAAGAUUUCAUUAAAAUGUGUUUGUUUAUCUUCUAACGCAAAUUAAAUACGUUACACCUUCAAACCAGACUGAAGUUUGACUGACUUUAAUUUGAAUUAUGAGUUAAUUUCGCUCAAAAACAUCUUUUGCUAUAACAUUGGUUAAAACAAUAAUUAUAUGAUGUUACAUGUUAAAUUUUCUCUUUAUUUUCAAGGUACUUUAUUGGCAUGAUUGCGUGUUCUUGCAAUUUCCCAAAGCAUUGAACGUAUAACAAAAGCCCAUAUUGAUUGGAUAGCAUCUUGCAGUUGAUAGAGAUUUGUGGGAUGCACGAAGCUCACGUUCCACCACAUCCCAAAGAUGCUCUAUUGGGUUGAGAUCUG